AUGCCUCUGUCAGAUGGGUACAAAGCCGAAUACAAAGCCGCAAUCACUUCGGGCAAAGAGCCAUGUCGGAGAUGCGGUAAGUUUCACAAAACGAAUGCCUGUAAAGCUGAUCUGAACGACUGCUACAACAUGGCCAUCUGCCGCUUGGACGAAAAGGGAACCGGUACACCCGAUGAGCUCCGUGCAGAAGCUGAACAAGUAUGGGCAGCCACAAAAGAAGAACUAAAGAUAUCCGAAGCAGCAAAGCCGAAAGCUCCAGGGGCUGGCCGCAAGAUAAUCGUGAGCAAGGAUUUUGGCACGAUGAUACCACUUACACCAGCGAAGGAUGAAGCUAUCCAGGAAGUGGACCCACCCCGGGGAGGAAUCUGUAUACCGAAGGACGUGAUCGAUGAGACUGACACUCCAAACUCCGUUCACGUUACGAGCAACUAUGUCCGUGUCACCAGAAUUCCUCAAAAGCUAUAUGUCUAUACACUGGACUUCUGGCGGCCAGAUUCCGGAAUCCAGGGCGGUAAAACCUAUUACACCAAGCGUCGGGAAAUUCACGGUGCCUUUCAAGCUAUGAUCAAAGCCGGAGUCCUCGAUUUCGGCGCCGAUGUCACAUGGGCGUCCGAUUCCAAGGACCUUUGGUGUACUGUAGCUCUACCAGCAUGCCCGGCGGUGCCUGGCAUCACUUUCUCAACCGACAAGUUCCGUUAUCGACAGGUUGAUGGCAAAGAGGCAGAUGACUUCCAGGCAACAGUGUCCUUCUCUCUCGUAUUAGACGACAUUCCAGGCAAACUUACAACUCAGGAUCUGGCCAACCUAUCGGAUUACAUUCGUGCGCUCAACGCCAUUGUUGCCAAAUCAGUACACGAGACCGCUGAAGCUGAUCAGAUACAUCUCACUCAGAUCGGAGCCAACAAGUUCUACCUCAACGGCGCCUGGACCGAUAUCAAGGGGCUGCGAGCUGUUCGCGGGUACUUCACGUCGAUCAGGCCUGGCCGAACCUCUACACUUCUCAACGUCAACACUGCUACAUCUGCCUUCCUACCCCCGGGGAACGUAUCUAACCUACUGCGACAGAGUAAUGUACUGCCAAUCAAAACAGUUGGGGGCAAGAACUACAUCGAAAAGUUGCUCAGUGGCUCUUUGGUGAGAGUUCUGUAUCAUCGACAGAACUACACGAACAGCAAUGUAGACUACAACUCCCACGAAAGCCGCACGAAGACAUUCAUCCAGUUUGGAGAUUCGGUCGACAUUCAGAAGUUCUACAAGCUGUUGAAGCCUACGAAGGGUCAGCCUCGACAGCUUGACCUUAGCGACAAGCAUGGCACAACUGUGCGUAGCUACUUUAAAAAUACCUUCAAGAGUAAGCUGACCAUAGGUUACUCGUGGGAUGAGUCGUUAUGUGUCAAUGUCGGUACCCGAGUGAGAACUGUUCCGCGUCGUGGCGAAACUCCCGAGGCUUUGAUGAAGGAACAGAGUCUCAAAGGAGCCCAAUGGAUACCAGCAUGUCUCCUGGAGAUCGUCCCCAACCAGACAACAAAGGCGACGCUGGGCGGCAUGCACACGUCGUCUAUGCUCGAUGUCGCAUUGCGAUUGCCCAACGCCAACGCUACGUUCAUCGAGAAAGAAGGUUUGGUACGAUUAGGCAUCAGGAACCAGGCAGCGCAAAGCCCACUUACCAAGCUAGGCUUCGAGGUGAGCACAGAUUUGAUCACAAUCCCAGGCAGAAUACUGGACCUUCCACGACUCUACUACGGGCCGGAGAAAGGUCAAGCAGUCGCUUCAGAACUUCAAGCGGCGCAAUUACGCGAGCUCACUACGCGCAACCGCGAACUGUCAUCGUGGAAUCUUGAGCACGUCACCUUUGCCAAGCCGAGCAACAUCGGAAAACUGCAUGUGCUUGCACUCAAAGAUAGCAGACGGUCCCUUCACGAUGCGCAAUUUGUUCGAAAUAACAUGGUCGCAACACUUCAGUCACACAACAUGCCUUUGACAGCUGGAGAGUGCGCCCUGCAGGACGGUGCACAGCUCAAUGAUAAACUCGCGACAUGGUACUCCGACAAUCAUGUGGAUGCCAACGACUGUACCCUUGUGCUCUUGGCGCAGAAAGAUCUCCUUAUUUACUCGCAGGUUCGGCGGCAAGCCGACCUCGAAAGUGGCAAGCACACUAUUUGCGCUUUGGGCCCCAAGCUAGAUAAUGCCCAGACCCGAUCCAAUCUCGCCCUGAAAGUCAACAUGAAAGGAGCUGGAGACAAUCACCAUUUGGACGAAGCCGUGCUCAACACACUCCUGGGAUCCGAGCUACGCAAGAGGACGAUGAUCCUAGGAGCUGAUGUUACCCACUCCGGUGCUGGCACUAAGUCAGGCAGUCCCAGCAUUGCCUGUGUGGUCGGCAGCGUGGACAGGCAAUUCAUGAACUACCCUGGUUCAAUGAGGCUUCAGGCUGGCGGGCAGGAGAAACAGCAAAUAGCCAAAGAACACCUAGUGUCCAUGGUCAAGGAACGCGUCCUCGCAUAUACCGACAACAUCGAAAACAAGGAGAUGCCGACCUCCAUGCUCUUUUACAGAGAUGGUGUGUCAGAGUCCCAGUUCAACAUGUGCAAGGACGAAGAGAUUCCCGCAAUCUUAGAAGGUUAUGAACAGGCCGGCGGCGACGCUACAAAGCUAAGCCUUACUUUCGUGAUCGUUGGUAAACGUCAUCAUACCCGAUUCUACGCGACAAAAGAAUCUCAGACGCGCAAGUGCACCGUCAAUCUCGGUGGGGGCCAGAAGGAGUAUGGCGUCAUCAACGGUAACCUCAUGCCCGGUCUACUGGUCGACGACGUGGUCACUAACCCUGGCAACUACAACUUCUUCCUGCAAUCUCACUGUGCCAUCAAGGGUACCGCGCGUUCAGCCCACUACCACGUUCUCCAGGACGACAUGAACCUUGGAUCGGCGUCUCUCCCCGACUUGACGAUGCAACUCUGUAGCGCUUUCAGUCGCGCCACGCAUUCCGUCUCCUACGUGGCCCCAGCAUACAUGGCAGACAGAUUAUGCGAACGAGGUCGGGCUUAUCUACGGAUCUGGGCGAGCAACCAUGACCAAGGCGAGCUGUUCGAGCUCCCUCAGCAGGCCAACGGCAAAAAGGCCAAGCUUACCAAAGAGCAGUUGAUGAACCUGAAGCAUGGCUUUGCUCUCAAGCUUGCGCGCGACAAGACUGUCUGGGGCGAGCAUUACCAUGACGACCCAAAUGACGACAGUAAGCCGCUCAGGCUGAACCCAUGGCACCCAAACCUUGAUCAGGGCAUGUUUUGGAUGUAA